AUGAAAGGAAAAAAUAUUUAUUGCGUGGAAAUUAAACUCACGUUUGCUCAAGGCAGCACAUUUAGUUUUGGAAGUCUGGCAUCUAGACAACAGUCUCCGGGCAGUUCAGUGUUUGGAGGAUCGGGAUUUAGCGCCUUGGCCGCUCAGGGCAAUGCUAAGUCUCCUUCUGUCUUUGGCGGAGGUGUCAACAUGUCAUCCAGUUGUGCGAUCAUCUCGUCGAGUCAAGCUGCUGCAGCGUUAAGGUCUUUCUAUUUUGCCGUACACCCUGAUCGAUUUGGUGCUUUGCCUGAGGUUAGGCGUCAGAAUGAGAGGUCUUUGCAGGUGUUCAAUGGCUAUCUUAAUGAUCUGCUGUCAUUAAAUAAGCCUCCAGUUACUCGGCCAAUUCACUUUUUUGUUGCUGCUAAGGGUAACAGGGGUUUGAAGAAGAUCGAACUUCGACUAACAGAGUCUAACCCCACUUUGCUGAUUAAGGCUGCUUUGGAAGCGUGUAGUCUGUGUACAAAAGAAUCUGCCGCUGUAAAAAGUGCGACGAAAAGUUUCAAUGGAUACUCUGGGGCUGCUCCUGAAGCUCACGGUUUUUCGUUUGAAUUAAGAAAAAAAAGAAGGCUUUUGCAUUGUCAUUCGAAUUCACUAGCCGAGUUUUUGAGUCAACAGAGGAGCUCUGUUUUAGAGGCUGCUGAAAAAUUUCGAAAAACUUUUGAUUCACUGCAGGACGACAUCAACUGUUUAAAGGACAAAACAGGACUUAUUGAUAUCAUUUGGUCAGUCAGUUGGGCAAUGACGCAUAUGAGGAGAAGCCUUUUGGCAGUUCGCCGUCUUAUCGACAAUUCAAAUGAUGAUUUAGAACGUGUUUGUGGAGCUUUGAAGGGUUACUCACUGAGAAAAGUUGUGAAUUUACAGUUGACUUCAGUCGACGGUGUUGCUUCACACAUGAUUCCGACGCAGGUUGGAGUUGCACUUCUCACAGAAAUGUUACAUUAUCCUUCGUUUACGCUCAGGCACCGCUGUGGUAAUAUGAGAUGGUGCUGGAUUGGAGCUGGAAUUUUCGAGGGUUAGCU